UUUAAAUAUGAGCGACGGUAAGAAGAGAAAUGAACUAGCAGGAAUGGAAUUCUUUGAUGACUACCCCAUCAGAACCACUAGAAGGACCAGGAACAUGACUAAGAAGGCACAAGAAAAUGAACAGAGCCUCAUUAAGCAAAAGGCUUCCGGUAAAAAGAAGAAGUUGACUAGGAAUAGUAGGAGUAGAAGCAGUAGAGGAUCUAAACGCAAUGCUCAGCCAAAGAUGUACGAAGAUGAAUACGAGAUCAGUGAUGAAGAAAACAUAGACAAUGCAUAUUCUAACUCUGAUAAAUAUGUAGAAGAUGAUCUCCCUGACGAAGAAGAAGCCGCCAAUUCUGAAGAGCCUUCAGAUAGUGAUGAAAGUUUUGAGGAAUUCAUCAAAAAGACAGCCAAAGAGGAUAAGAAAGAAGAAGAACAAGAUCUCACAAAGAUGACUAAGAGACAAAAGACUAAAUAUCUUGUUGAAAACAAUAUCCUCAAUGAGGUCAAAGAGGAAACAGUUACCAAAAAGUCAGGCAGAAUAAAUCUUGAAGACGAGACCGUUCUCUAUAGUUUAGAUUCCAGAGCGAAAAAGCCGAUCAGAUCAGAAAUGAGGCCAAGAAUGAGAAAGCAUAAAGUAGUCAGUGUCGAAGAGCUUGCAGAAAAGCAAACAGAAGCCUUAAAGAAAAUACUAGAGGAUAUUGAUAGAAAAGAGAAAGAAAGAGACAGUAGAAAUAAAGAACUCAAAAGAUUAAAGAAAGAGAAAGAGAAGAUGGAUGAACUUGAAGAUAGAAGAAUAGCAAAACUAAACUGUAUCAGAACCCUAUCCACCUUGAAAGGAAGUGAAGGACAAGGAUGAGAUAUGAAGGUGUCCACUUCUGUUUCAUUCCCAAAGAAUUAUCAGACUCCAGAUAUUUUUACCAACAAUACCCGACAAACUUCUGAAGAAAUUAAAAAGAAGUCAGCAGAUUUGAAAUGAGACAAUUGAGGUAAAAAUGAACAGAAAUAUAAAUUUCUCCAAAAUAUUAAUCAAGAGGAUUACACUCCAGCUCUUCCACGUAAAAUUCAAAAGUUAUGCUGCAGUUUUGAGUGUUACAAAAUUAUCCAGAAAGCUCCUCAAAAGGUAUAAGAUUUUAAAAGCAUUUCCACUUGAAUAAAGCGUCUUCAACCA